AUCACGUGGGCCCCGCGACCAAUGGUUGAGGCUUGCAGUCUGCAAAAUACUACGAUUGUUCUCAGGGAGGGUAUCAUAUACAGUUAACAGUGUAACCUUUUAUAUGACUAAGAGGGGAGCCUAAAAUGUCGUCUAGUGGCACCAUAAGUAACUAUUAUGUCGAUUCUCUCAUAGGCCAUGAAAGCGAAGAAGUUUACGGGAGUAGAUUCGUCCAGGGAGGUCACAGUGCGACCUCCAGGCCAUCAGGUGUUGCAGAGAGUUCAGAUUUUUCCUCCUGUAGCUUUGCGCCAAAAUCCACCGUGUUCUCCACCUCCUGGUCCACGGUUCACCCUCAGCCGUCUGCGGCAAUGACCGGCAUCUACCACCCCUACAUGCACCAGCCCCACUUAGGGGCAGCCGACGCCGGCCGCUACGUGCGCUCCUGGAUCGAGCCCUUCCCGGGCUUCCCGGGCGGCGGCGGCGGCGGCGGCGGCAGCGGCGGCGGCGGCGGCGGCGGCGGCGGCAGCAGCGGCUCCGCGUCCAGCUCCGGCUCCUCCACUGGGCGCCACUACGGGAUAAAGCCGGAGACGGGAGCAGCCGCCUCCUCGUCUUCCUCCUCCUCCUCCUCCUCCUCCAAAAGGACUGAGUGCUCCUCGUCCCGGGAGUCCCAGGGGAUCGGUGUGCCCGAGUACACGUGCAGCUCCUUCCUCCAGGAGCCCCGGGAGAAGGCGGCUGCCAGCAGCUCCAAGGACCCCGCCGCCUGCAGCCACAACCCCAGCCCGAGCAGCGAUCUGAAGGAGGAGAAACAGCAGCAACUUGACCCAAAUAACCCUGCAGCAAACUGGAUCCACGCUCGUUCAACGAGGAAAAAGCGUUGUCCCUACACAAAGUAUCAAACUCUGGAACUGGAAAAGGAAUUUCUCUUUAACAUGUACCUCACCCGAGAUCGCCGUUACGAAGUAGCUAGGAUUUUAAAUCUCACAGAGAGACAGGUCAAAAUCUGGUUUCAGAACAGAAGAAUGAAAAUGAAAAAGAUGAACAAGGAGAAAGGCAAUAAAGGAGACUAACGCUGGGGUAGAAAUGCAGCUGGGGAAUAUUGCUUUAGUUUUGAGUUUGGGGCUUUGGGAGAUAUUUUUUUUUUAAUUUUUAAUUUCGGUUUGGUUGGGUUUUAUGCUUCCCCUGCCCCCCUCAGCCCCGCAUACGUUUCUCCUCCUCCUCUCGCGCCCCCCCCACCCCAGGAACUUUAAAUCAAUCUGGUCUUUUUUAGAUAGAAGUGAAACGUGGUCUAUGUCAGGUAUUUUGGGAAAUUUUGUCUUGCUCGCCAACGUGUUUUGCAGAGUCGCUUCAUCCCCCCCUCCUCCUUCCCAGACCGUUUGGUUGAUGAUGUUGUGAGUGCACGUUAGCUUUGGGAACUUUAUCUGAUGUUAAAUGUUUGACAUGUUUCUUAAAAGUGAUGUAGUCUAGGUAGUUACUUUGCCAAAAUAAAGGUAAGGAAAAUAACUAUAAUUAUGGUAACAGGAUAUAUAUUAAAUUACAGUCGCUUCAAUCAGUGGGGGUGUUGUGUCGUCCACAAGUUAUUAAAAGGAAACCUUACCCC